GUCUACAUUUACAAUUUUUAUCUGUGCUAAAAUCAUAAGAGAAGGUUCAUAGAAAUCUGUAAGCUAUCAUAAUGAUUCUAGUUUAUAAUCCCCAAAAGAUUGAUGGAGAGAAAUUUAGGUUUGAAGUAGAAAUUUCGAAUAAUAUUUGGCAUUGAUCUCCAGACGCGCAAGCGCCAGCCGGCAGAUUAUACCUAGUUUUCGUUACACGGUUUCUGCAUUCAUUCACAGGAGCUAACUAUACCGUGGCCAUCUAUUUUCGUUUGUCCAGAGUCCUGAACCGAUCGUGACUAAGGUAAGAAUCGUAGGUUUCUAACAAAGCACUGUACACGAAACACAUUAUUCUUCUUAACGUAUGAAUGAUAUCAAUACUGCUGCUUGUCUCAGGGGAACAAAAAAAUCGUCACCCACGACUUCAUAUUUCCUGACACACUCACAAACAAAAUAAAAAACACUCACCUUAUUCAAUAUAAUAAAAAUGGACAGUAUUUCAUUAGUACACUAAAUCAAUGUCGGUCAUCCUUGACGAAUGUGGAAAUGGUACCGGUUCUCCAUCGAUUUCGAAGGCUGAAGAUAACUUGUCGAAUAGCGACGGUCCGCUGAUCAAGGGUUCUGAAAAUAUUAAUCGAACAACAGUCACCAUCUCCUCUCGCACCAUGUCAAUGACAAAUGAAAAAUCAACAAAACGACGUUAUUGUCUGUGGAUCUUAACUUUUAUUUUGUCGAUCAUUGGUCUUUGCAAUCUUUUCCUUAAUAUCACUGUCAUCGCUGUUCUACGGAUCAGUCAAGGAAUGGAAGCUAUGGAGAUGAUUCCUGACGAAAAUCUUGUCAAGUUUUAUGGGAAAACUGACUUGGAUAGGGUGUGUUUGCAAUCAGGUGUUUGUCAAAGCUAUGGUGACGAAUCAAUGGAAGUCUCUGGUGAUGAAGCAGGCGUGCAAAUAGAUGUAAAUGGUCAGAGAACACGCGACGAAACAGGUGCAAAAGUCACAGUCUUACCAAAUGGAACCUCAAUUUCCCAAGUAGAAUCUUUUGAGAUCAGAGAUUCGAGAUCUGGAGCUAUUUACUUUACUACUGAUUUUCCAAAUUUCGGUUUACCAGCUGGUGUAGAAAGAAUAGACGUUAAACUUGCCGAGACCCACAGAAUCACAUCACCGGUUAACGAAAGUCUAACUGUAAAUUCUGACGAUCAAAUUUCUAUACAAGGCGCUGAAGGUGCUAGCAUGGAAAGCAAAGAUAUCGUCUGGAGUGCGGAUACCGAUAUCUUCUUGAAAAGCGUCAAUGGAAGCAUCGUUCUUGACGCCAAAGAUGGCGUUUCUAUUGACGUUGAAAAUAUACCUGUCACACCGAUGUUUCUGCAAAAUUCACCUGGUCACGAACAAUACAAAGUUUGCGUUUGCAUGCCACAAGGAAAACUUUUUAGAGUUGCGGUUCGUACAGGUUCUAACAGCCGAUCGGUAAACUGUGCUCGUAUCAAUAGAAAUCCAGAAAAUGAUCCUUGUUUACGAUAGAAUCUGUUGUAAUUUAAUUAUUUAACAUAUCCAACACUGUGUCUAGUGUACGAACAACUGAAACAAUAAGACUUGAUUUAUUAUUCCUUCAAUUCUGGAAUCAUUAUUAUAGAUACUCGUAAAUUUAUUACAAGUACUGUAAUUCAGAUUUUAUUUCACACACACAUAUAUAUAUAUAUAUAUAUGUAUAAUUAAAUCGCACUCGGCAAUCCUUCAAACAUUACGUACAAUUACAAUUACAUGUAACAUCGAUCAUUAUUAUGUUACUGUUAUUAGGAAAAAAAUGAUACAUUGAAAUUCAUCGAUAAUACUGUAUCCGUUAACUUUUGUAUCAAAUAAUAAAGACUUUGAAGAAAUCAU